AACAGGCUGUCGAAAUGGGGCUCGUUCUCAGAAUGGAUGGACUCGAGUUAUCUGAAGAUGUUUUUGGUGACAUUGGACUCUUACAUUGUUCUCCAGUAAAAAUAGAGAGCUCCAGGCUGAUUCAACGCCUUAUAGCAUAUCUACUCCGCGUCACAUCCCUUUCCCCAUUUUGCCUCAAGUUGAAGAGGAGCUAAAGCAGAUGCUGUCUCUGGGGAUCAUUGAGGAGGUUAAAGAAGCCACAGACUGGUGUGCUCCUAUGGUGCCUGUUGUGAAAAAGAACAAAAAGGUUCGGAUCUGCGUGGAUUUUACAAAACUCAACAAGGCUGUAAAACGUGAACGUUUUAUUUUGCCCACACUGGAGGACAUCGCACCAAAACUUUCUGGAGCAACAGUGUUUUCAAUUAUGGACGCUUCAAGCGGAUUCUGGCAAAUACCGCUUGAUGCCAGCAGCAGGAAGCUCACAACCUUCAUAACCCCUGCAGGUCGUUUCUGUUUUCGACGACUGCCCUUCGGCAUCACGUCCGCACCAGAAAUAUUCCAGGAGAAGAUGAGCACUAUGUUAAAAGAUCAUGCUGGUGCAGUGGUAGUGAUGGAUGAUAUAUUAGUUUUUGGAAAAGACAAAGAGGACCACGACCAAAAACUCAAAGAA